CAAGAGCUGGGUGAAGUUACCUUCCCCCUCCACGCUGUCUGUGAUUUUCAUCUCAUGGCCGGUGGUGUAGGGCUCGGACUGCCCGGGGCUCUUGGCUUGCGGCUGGUGGUGGUUCUGGUGGUGAUGGUUGUUGCUGAAGCCGUCCGGGGCGCACUGGCCGUUCCGCACCGUGCCGUCCACUAUAGUCGAGUCCGGGACGGGAGGUAUGGAUAUGAUGGGUUUGUCCAGCUUCACCACCACUGCAAGGGUGAAGCAAAUAUGAUGAAGGAUGGGAAGCUGUUCCGAGUGAUUGAAGAAAACUGCUGGGAUGCAAAUGCCCGCAUACGAGACAUGGAUCAACACGGUGUGACGGUUCAAGCCCUGUCUACUGUUCCUGUGAUGUUCAAUUACUGGGCCAAACCUUAUGACACACUGGAUCUCUGCGUCAUUUUAAAUGACGAUUUGGCCCAGACGGUACGUAGCAACCCCAAGAGGUUUGUGGGCCUGGGAACGCUGCCCAUGCAAGCUCCCGACUUGGCCGUGCUGGAGAUGACGCGCUGUGUGAAGGAGCUUGGCUUCCCCGGGGUGCAGAUUGGCUCACACAUCAACAACUGGGACCUCAACACCUCUGAACUCUAUCCCUUCUAUGCUGCAGCGGAGGAGCUGGGCUGCUCCGUAUUCGUUCACCCAUGGGACAUGCAGACGGAUGGGAGGAUGGCUAAGUAUUGGCUGCCCUGGCUGGUGGGCAUGCCCUCAGAAACAACCAUGGCUAUUUGCUCGAUGAUAUUUGGAGGUGUCUUCGAGAGGUUCCCUAAACUGAAAGUCUGCUUUGCUCAUGGAGGUGGCUCUUUUCCAUUCACCAUUGGCAGAAUUGAACAUGGCCACACGGUCCGUCCAGACCUGUGUGCAGUCGACAACCAAAUCAAUCCACGGAAAUACCUCGGGUCUUUCUACACUGACUCCCUGGUUCACGAUCCCAUCGCCCUGAAGCUGCUCAUCGAUGUUAUUGGAAAAGAAAAAGUGAUGCUGGGAACAGAUUAUCCAUUUCCACUGGGAGAGCUUCAGCCUGGAUCACUAAUUGAGUCGAUGGAUGAGUUUGAUGAAAAACUAAAGGAUAAGUUACUUGCUGAAAAUGCGCUGGAAUUUUUGGGACUGAAACGAGAGCAAUUUGAAUAACAUGAAGAUCUGAAAUACAACUGAUACACUCAGUGAUUCAGUGCAAAUGCUUCUUUCAGAUAUGCAUAUUUGUAAGGCUCAAAACAACCAAUCUUGUUGUGGUUUGAUAUAAUAAAUGAAUUAAGUAUUUUGUGAA